AUGAGCGAACUGGAAAAUGACGAUGUCAAUCGCCAGCUUUGCGCCGUUGCUGCGGAUGAAAUGUUCGAGUCCUGGUCGUCGGAGACACAGGAGCAGAUUUUGGCUGAAUGGAAUGAUUGGCGACGAGACGAAAACCCUGGACAUAGCUGUGAUGAAUGUGGCAAAACAUUUACACGAUCCAGCGACCUAAAGCGCCAUACAAAACGUGUACACACUGGAGAAAGAGCUUUUUCUUGCAACCAUUGUGACAAGUCCUUUGCUAGGAAAGAUAUGUUGAAACGUCACGAGAAAGUCCAUAGCAAGGAAAAAAUAUACGAAUGCCAUAGAUGUCACAAGAAAUUUGCUCGAAAGGUAUGUAGUACCGACAGUUUAUAUUCUAACUGCGAUGUAUUUUAAACUAUUAUGCUUAUUUAUUAUUUUUCAAGGACAAACUGAAUAGGCAUAUGAAAAUGCACGAGCGCCGUGGCGCGGAACGGGAAUAUACUUGUAAAGUAUGUGGUGAAGUAUUCCGAAAUAUAUUUCCAUUACAAGCCCAUCAACGCGAAGUCCACCAAGUUGGCCGUGGGAAACGUACCAAGACGCCGACCCGGCGAACGAAGAGACAAAGAACUGAUGAACCAGGUAUGUAUAGAUGAAAAUAUUUCGAUUGCUGACUUUGUAUUUAUACAGAUAUUUUCUCUCUUUUAAGAACCUACAAGAUCUUCGACACGCGUUAACGAAGGUAAGCAUUUGUGUGUUUUCCGUUGCUAUGAUUGUCAAACACCAGUAAUACAUUUUUUUUCCUUUUCAGGUGCUUCUACGUCUGCUGUCGUCAACGAAGGUAUGAAAUUCAAAUUUUUAUACCGCAUAUAGUAUAUUGAUUGUGGUGAUUUGAUGUGUAUAUUGACAAUGUUAAUUACUCGCAACCUCGGUUUUAAAACAUUGCCUGGAGAAAGACUUUGAAAUCCUAACAUUUAAGAAAGAAAGACUUUGAAAUCCUAACGUUUACAUUUGAAAAAUAUUUUCAUGUUGUUUCACUGAUGUUUGUGUUUUGAAGACCUGAUAAAAAUAAUCGAGUAAUUUUUAAGCGUGGGUUUAUAGUGUGGAAUGUUCCUAAUUAUUCGUGUUAGACUUAUGUUCAUUUGAUUUAGAACUAUUAAUUUAUGUCAUUGUACGAGUAUUUACGCUACAUCUGUUUUAUAACAUUCGCUAGCGUUUUAUAGUGAGGUAAAAGUAAUUUUUUGGUUGCGUGGGUUUAUCAUGUUGCUAUGUGAAAUUUGCAUGUUACUAAUUUUUUCAUGUUAGACUUAUGUCGAUUUUUUAUGAAUCGGGUGUUUGUAUGACAAAAUUAGUGCGAAGCUCUAGACAAAAAUAAAGAAUCGGGUGUUAUUUCUAUAGGACCCCAACCGUUCCCUCAAGAUCCGCUAUUACCCCCACCUAACCUGCCUUCCCAACUUCACCGAGAUCAUUGGCGUGCUAUACGUACGCGACAGAGUCCAGACAACCGAGUGCAAGAUUGGUACAACUAUCGUCUAAGCUCAGCGAAUAUGGGUCAACUUGUUGAUGAUAUAGAGCGUAUAUUUGAAGAUCAAUCGACUGUCUUUAAGUUAAAUCUAUCUUUUGGUUUCGUAUUGUUUAACAACGAGACACAGCAAAUGCAAUACCACCACCCCUCAGCAAACAACAACCGUGUUUUCGACUCCCCAUUCCAGAUACAUAAUCGCGAGGAUUUGGUCCAAGUUCGCGAAACGAUGCAAAACAUUGACAUUCAUGAAUGGGCUCGACAACAACGGCCCAACUCGAAAUGGAUUGUCAUGGGUAUUACCAACGUUAUCUUCUACGUCACCAAACUUCGAGACCAUCUCAUCGGACGUUCUGUGCGUUUACCCAAAUACGUGUUGGAGAAUCCUGCCACUGUGUCGCUAGACUGUGAUAGUAAUACCAGUUUACCAUACGAGGAUAAACUUUGUUUCUUUCGUUGUUUGGCUAUGCACAAAGGUUGCCACCCCAAAAAUUUAGAACGUGAUACUCAUCAUUUUUAUGAACAAUAUUCGGAAGAUGAUGAUUUUGACGGUGUUACCCUAGAGGAACUACCUGAACUGGAAAAGUUAUUCGAGUUAAACAUUUACGUGUAUUGCCUUACAGAGUUACACGACGAGGGCGAAGACAAGACCUCCAUUGUGGCUCAACUGAUACAGCGCUCCCAUUGUAGAUAUACCAAUUCGAUGUACCUGAACCUCUACGGUAGUCACUUCAGCUACAUUAAGAAUUUGGCCAUGUAUUCCAAGUCCUAUUGUUGUUGCAAAUGUGACAAAAUGUGGAAGACAGCGAGAGCCUUAAACCGACACGAGCGAACAUGCGAAGCAACUAUACGUCACAUCUUCCCUGGUGGUGUCUACACAGUUCCACAACCAUCUUCGAUUUGUUGGCCGACGAGGGAAUCGAGAUCCCUGAAGACCUCAAGUACUUCCCUUAUCGUGCCACCUUUGACUUUGAGUGUUAUUUCAAACGUGAAACCGAACAUCCACGAAAUACAGCAAAGUUGACUUGGGAAGCCGAACAUAUCCCCUUGAGUAUCUCUGUUUGCUCCAACGUCCCUGGUUAUGAUCAACCCAAAUGCUUCGUCUCGUCUGGCAGUACAAGUGAAAUUAUCCAACAGUUCGUGGAAUAUUUGGUUGAGGUCAGCCAGGAAAGCUAUGGAUUGUUGCUGGACCAAUUCUCUGACGUUUUUCGUCAAAUUGAUGAACGAGUCAAUGAGGUAUAAUUCACACGUAUUAGAUUCUUAGUAUAUUUCUUAUCCUUAAUAUUUUUUCUUAUAUCUUUAGGUAGGGGAAAACGAGGUUAUGGAAGUUGUCGCGGGGGAGGACAAUGAGGUAAAUUAUAGGAAGGUUAUAUUUGCACUUAUAUUCUUUAUAUUCUAAUAUAUCUUAUGUUUUAGCAAAAUACAUAGGAACAGAUGAUAGAGGAAAUAGUGGGAUGUUUGAUGGGGCUGAAUGAUGAGGUAUAUAACAUAAGGUUUGAGCUCAACAGUGGUCUUUCCAGUGCUUACCAUAUGUGUACCUUUUAGGUGAGUGAAGACGAAGUGGAUAAAGAUAAAGACGUUGAAGAGAGAGUAAGUAUCACACUCAUGAUCCAUUUUAGCGGUUGUUAUAUAGAUUAGUAGGGAUGUGCAAGUAUCUUGCUUUUUACUUAUGACACCUUUUCAUUUAUUUAGGAUGUGGUCCAUCCUCUACUCAAACUCCAAGAUAAGUUGUCAGAAUACUUACAAGAACUACCAAUUCUUGGGUUCAACUCUGGUAAAUAUGAUAUUAACGCUGCGAAAAACCCCUUCUUUUCACAUCUCGUCAAACACGAACAAGUUAAGUUUGUGAUAAAAAGGAACAAUAACCACAUGUGUCUUAAGACUCAACACUUAAAAUUCCUCGAUAUCACAAACUAUCUGGCUCCGGGAUUUAGUUACGAACAGUUUCUCAAAGCGUACGAGUGCUCCCAGACCAAAGGCUACUUCCCGUAUGAGUGGGUCGAUUCCCUCGACAAACUCAAUCAUUGCUCCUUACCACCACGCGAAACUUUCCAUUCCACUUUGUCCGGAACCGACAUCACCGAGGACCAGUAUGAGUAUUGCCAGGGUGUAUGGGACGAGAAUAACAUGACAACUUUCCGCGACUUUCUCGUGUGGUAUAACAACCUUGAUGUAGUCCCCUUCCUUGAAGCGAUUGAUAAAAUGAGCAAUUUCUGGCAGGAAAGGAACAUUGAUAUGUUUAAGGACGGUGUGAGUGUGCCCGGCUUAACCAUGAAAUAUUUAUUUUCCAACAUCCCAGGCACCUACUUUUCCUUGUUCAGCGACAAGGACAAGGAUAUGUAUUAUUCAAUGAAGGAUAAUAACGUAGGGGGCCCCAGCAUUAUUUUCAACAGGUACCACGAGAAAGAGAAAUCAUCCAUACGGAAGGAAGAAAUGCGAGCCAGAGGAAAAGAAUCGAAACCCUGCAAAAAUGUAGUUGGUUACGAUGCCAAUGCGCUCUACUUGUGGGCCAUCAUGCAAGACAUGCCAACGGGGCAGUACACAAGACGGUUAGAGGAGGACGGGUUUAAGAAACGGUGGAGUGGGAAAAUGGCGAUCGAAUGGUUAGAAUGGCAAGCGUACAGUCGCGGCAUUAGUAUCAGACACGAGUACAACAACACGGAGAAAAGAAUUGGCACUCGUCGUCUCCCUGUUGACGGUUUUCACGCUGAAUCACAAACGGUGUUUCAGUUUCAUGGUAAGUUGUUGUUUUAGUGUAAUUAGUUAAGAUUAAUUAGCUAGGAUUAAGUUAAUUGUGUGGGAGUGAGUUUGUAGCGAUUGCGUGGGCUUGUAGGAUAACUUUAUUUUUCUUUUGUAGGUUUAACUGUAUUGCACUUUAUUUUAAUAGGUUGUUAUUGGCAUGGGCACAACUGUCAUCUGAACGAAGGGAAAGAAGUCAACGAGAAACGUGAUAAGCCAAUGAAGGAACUCCUUGAAGAUACCCAGAGAAACAGCGCCUAUAUCACGAAGCAGGGCUUCAAUCUCGUUGAAUGUUGGGAGUGUGAGUGGCGAGAUAUAAAGAAACGAAAUACCGCGCUGCAACGAUUCAUUGCCACGCAACUUCGCCGACCCCUAGACAAAGUAAAAACGAUGACAACUCGAUCAAUUGUCAACGCUGUGAAGAGUGAUAAACUAUUUGGAUGUGUGGAGUGCGACAUCCACGUUCCUGAGAGUUUGCGAGAAUACUUCAAAGAGAUGUGUCCCAUCUUCAAGAAUACCGAAAUAUGUCGAGAAGACAUCGGUGAGUUCAUGAAGAGCUAUGCCGAAGAAAACAACAUCAUGCCCCGACCUCGGCGGAGUCUCAUUGGAAGUAUGAUCGGAAAGAAGAUAAUGUUGGCAACUCCUCUUCUAAAAUGGUAUUUAGAACAUGGUUUAGAGGUACGUUUUAAAUAUUAAAAACUUGUAAAAUUGCAGGAGAAAUUUUUUUAACAAAUUGUAUUAUCGUUUUAGGUAACACACGUCUACCAGAUAGUCGAGUAUACCCCUAAGCCAUGCUUCAAACCUUUCGGUGACGUUGUAUCGGAUGCUCGUCGUGCUGGUGAUGCAGACCCCUCCAAAGCCAUCAUUGCGGACACGAUGAAAUUGGUCGGGAAUAGGUGAGUUUUAAAAUCACGCUGUCGUGACGUAUUCAAGAAAUACUCAUUUUUUGUAUUUCUAUAGGUGAGUUUUAAAAUCACGCUGUCGUGACGUAUUCAAGAAGUACUCAUUUUUUUGUAUUUCUAUACAGCUCAUACGGGAAGACCAUCACCAACAAAGAGCGUCAUCGCAAGGUGGAUUACUGCAACGAUGAUGAGGUUUCUGAAUUAAUCAACUCACCAUUCUACCGCCAAAUGAACGUGAUCGACGAUGACACCUACGAAGUGGAAAGUGCUAAGAAGAAAAUUAAGUUGGACUUACCACUACAGGUAUGUAUUGCAUGAUCAUUUUGUCAUUAGAAAUAUAAAUUAAUAAAUUAUUCUUAUUUUACAGGUGGGGUUCUUCGUGUACCAGUAUGCGAAACUCCGAAUGUUACAGUUUUACUACGACUGUUUAGAUACAUACCUUGACCGUUCCGAUUAUGAGUAUUGCGAGAUGGAUACAGACAGUGCCUAUAUCGCUAUUAGUGGUGAAAGUGUUGAAGAAUUGGUCAAGCCUGGUUUAAGAGAGGCGUUUGAGAACGAUAAAUGUAACUGGUUUCCUCGUUCCGAUACAACUGAACAUGCGAAAUACGACAGGAGAAAACCGGGAUUGUUUAAAGUGGAAUGGGAAGGGGAUGGAAUUGUAUCUUUAUGUAGUAAGACAUAUUAUUGUUUUGGGGAGAAAGAUAAGUAUAGUUGCAAGGGUGUAAAUAAGAAAAAUAAUGUAAUUAAUAAAGAUAAAUAUUUAGAUGUGCUUUUAAGUAAACGUAGUGGGUCGGGUGUAAAUAGGGGUUUUAGGGUUUUAAAUAAUACUAUGUGUACAUAUGUUCAAGUUAAGAACGCUUUUAGUUAUUUUUAUCCAAAACGUAAAGUUUUGGAGGACGGCGUCUCCACUAUUCCAUUAGAUAUUUAGUUUGUAAAUAGUCAAUAUAUAUUUUUCAAAACAUACUGUGUAUUUCUCUCUCCCCCUCUCCCAUGCAGAGUUUCAGGGACAAAAUAAGUCCCGCACGGGACAAACAGUCCCGCAGGGACACUUU